AUGGGAGGAAGUGUCAUCCCUGUGUAUGCUAGUUUUGGCCUGGAGACCAAAAAUCCACAGCAACAGUUGGUGGAAUAUUCACUGGAAGCGAAAACAGAUGCGAAAUCCGCAGAAGCUCAGCUGAAAUCGCCAGGCUCGCGGAUGAAGGCUAGGAUCGAUACAGUUAGUGAGCAACACUAUAGCAUCAGCUUCUUCAAGAACGACGAACGCCCUUCAUUCGUCGGUGAUAUCAAUUUCGGAGACCAUGGAGCAGAGAUUGAAUUUCGUGAGGGAAGGACGAGCGAAGUUAAAUUACACGCGUCAGCUGUGAUGAGUAAUGACUACGAAGGGAAGCUUGACAUAUGGCACAGUGAAAGAGGCAAAAAAAUCCAGGAUGCACGUCUCUCGCUACUGAUGGAAGAAAACAACGUGCUGAAGGGAAAAGCCUACCUCGGAGCAGCAGUCGACGAUGACAUUAUGGUAUUAGCAUACUUUCAUUGA